AUGCGAUCUAAGAUUUCAAUCCCCAUCAUCUCUGAAAAUUAUGCUUCAAGCAAAUGGUGCCUCCGCGAGCUAGUACACAUCAUGGACUGCCAGAAGAGCAUGUCACACACAGUGUUGCCCAUUUUCUACAAAGUGUUCCCAUCAGAUGUGCGGUAUCUAAAUGGAAAUUUUGGGGAGGCCUUCCAUUUGCGUAAGAAGCGUUUUGAUAAGAAGGACAUUCAGGAAGGUCAACGAGCCCUUACAGAAGUGAGUUACUUGAAUGGAUGGGAAUCUGAGAAAUUUGCCAAUGGGCAUGAAGGAGAAUUAGUGGAAGAAGUUGUCAAAACUAUUCUGAGCAAGUUGAGACAUGAUUUUCAGCUUGAUAUUCCGGACCACUUAGUUGGAGUUGACGAUCAUGUCAACAAAAUUAGGAAUUGGGUAGACAUUCCUACCAAGCAUGCUCGAAUGAUAGGAAUAUGUGGCAUGGGCGGGAUCGGUAAAACGACUCUCGCAAAGGUCAUCUACAACCAGUUGUCAAAUAAAUUCAAGCAUUGUAGCUUCCUUCCAGAUAUACGAGAAACAACUCACAACAAAGGCAUUCUUGAAAUACAAAAUCUACUAAUUAGGGAAAUACUACCAAUGAACGUGGAGUAUGUAAAGUUGAUGAUGGAAUUAGUUUGA